AUGCAUGCGGGGCUCGGGCAGGCCUUGCGGGGGCUGCUGCUGCUCUCGGCUCGGAGCUGCUCCUGCUCCGGAGCAGGAAGGAGGAGGCGGCUGGUGCAACCGCUGCCGCGCUGCAGCUGGCUCAGCACCAUGGCCCAGUGCAGCACGGAGCAGCGGGGGCGGCCCCACUCGCCCCAGUACCGCCUCUACUUUAAGAAUGCGGAGGGUAAAUAUAUUUCCCCGUUUCAUGACAUUCCUCUGUUUGCUGGAUCUAAAGAGGAUAAGGAGGUUCCUGCGAAGAGAUCAAAGACUAAUGGAAGUGAGGUAGUGUUUAACAUGGUUGUAGAAGUGCCUCGCUGGUCAAAUGCUAAAAUGGAGAUUGCCACCAAGGAACCAUUGAAUCCCAUUAAACAAGAUAUAAAGAGAGGCAAGCUUCGAUAUGUGGCCAAUAUCUUUCCUCACAAGGGUUAUAUAUGGAAUUAUGGUGCCCUCCCUCAGACUUGGGAAGAUCCACACCAUAAAGAUAAGGAUACAGGAUGCUGUGGUGAUAAUGAUCCCAUUGAUGUGUGUGAAAUAGGCACAAAGGUUCACUCUCCUGGUGAGAUCAUUCAGGUAAAGGUUCUUGGAGUUAUGGCUCUUAUUGAUGAAGGAGAGACAGAUUGGAAGAUUAUUGCCAUCAAUGUGGAUGACCCAGAAGCCCAGAAAAUUCAUGAUAUUGAUGAUGUCAAGAAACACAAACCGGGUUAUCUUGAGGCUACAGCUGAGUGGUUCCGAUUAUAUAAGGUCCCAGAUGACAAACCGGAAAAUCAGUUUGCUUUUAAUGGAGAGUUUAAAGACAAGGAUUUUGCUGUUGGAAUUAUUAAAUCCACCCAUGAAUACUGGAAAGCUUUGCUUCAUAAAAAGGCUGACCGAGGUGCUAUAGAAUGUACGAAUGUUUUGGUGCAUGACAGCCCCUUUUGUUGCAGUGAAGAGGAUGCCAGGUUAAUUGUGCAAUCAGCACCACCUCCUGCGAGUGGAGAUUCUGUUUCUGCAGAAGUUGAUGUGUGGCACUUUCUUAACAAGUGAUCAUCGGAAUGUUCUGAAGUCACAUCAUCAAAUCUUAAAUCAUCCCUUUUUUCCUGAGUUUUGAAGACAGGCUUGGUUCCUAAUUGCUGGGUUCCUGUUGGAACAACUUUUCAAGUAACAAAAACCCUCUAUCAUGUAAAUAAACUGAUAU